GGAAGAGGAAGAAGAAGAAGAGGAAGAGGAGGAGGAUGAUGGCGGAGUCUGGACUCACAGCCGAAAAGCAGAGCUCAGAGUGACACACACACACACACACACACACCGCGGGGCCAUGGCGUCCGACGACACGCUGCGCUCGCUCAUGUUCACGCUCAGUUACGUGCUGAUGAAGCGGCGGCGUGACGUCACCAGCGCGGACGCGACGCGGAGACGCGAGGUACAGAGACGCGUCGCGCACCGGCAGUACUUCCACCAGAGACACAAGAGGAUGAUCAUGAUGAUGAUCGCUCAGACGUCUCGGCCAAUCACAGAGCUGCCGGCCCGGCCCACACGCGUCUGGAGCAACAUCGAGAGCACCGAUUGGUGGGAGCGAGUGGUGAUGAGGGAGUUCCAGCCGUCUGAUUGGCUGGAGAAGUUCCGCAUGACGAAGGAGACGUUCUUCCUGCUGUGCGGGAAGCUGAAGCCGCGUCUGAACCGGCAGGACACUCGUCUGCGGCCGGCGCUGCCGCUGGAGAAGCGUGUGGCGGUGGCGCUGUGGCGGCUGGCGUCUAACGUGGAGUACCGCACCAUCAGCACGCUGUUCGGCGUGGGCCGCUCCACCGUCUGCAAGUGUGUGCGUGACGUGUGCCACGCCAUCGUGCUGCUGCUGCGGCCGCUGUACCUGCGCACGCCCAGCGAGCAGGAGCUGGAGGACGCCGCGCGGCUCUUCGCCACCCGCUGGGGCUUCCCGCACUGCGUGGGCGCGGUGGGCAGCCUGCACGUGCCCAUCAUCGCCCCCUCCAGCAACACCGACAACUACUGGAACAGCCGCGGCUGGCUGUCGGUGGUCACGCAGGGCGCGGUCAACGGUCUGGGCCAGUUCUGGGACGUGUGCGCCGGCUUCCCGGGCAGCACCGAGCACUCCGCCAUCCUGCAGAACUCCACGCUGUGGGCGCGCGGCUGCGACGGGGGCUUCCUGCUGCGCCAGCCGCCGCUGGACUUCAUGGGCCACCCGCUGGGCUUCCUGAUGCUGGGCGACGCCGGGUACCCGCUGAAGAGCUGGCUGCUGAAGGGUUACCCCGAGUCCAGCGCGCUCACCGCGGGCCAGCGGGCCUUCAACCGGCGACUGGAGCGGGCGCGCAGCGUGGUGGACCAGGCCUUCCUGCGGCUGCGGGCGCGCUGGCAGUGCCUGCUGAAGCGUAACGACUGCCGCAUGGACGUGGUGCCCACCAUGAUCCUGGCCUGCUGCGUGCUGCACAACGUGUGCGAGCUGCACGGGGACGCCUUCGCCGAGCGCUGGGAGGAGGCGGUGCGGCACGAGGAGAGCCCGCAGCCCGCAGACGAGGUGUCGCCCGCCGCAGACGACCCGCAGGCAGUGUGUGCAGGUUUAGCUGUACUUGUGAGGGUCCGGAUGUGUCCUGUUCUGCAGGGUGAGGGCGCAGUGGUCCGCUGGUGUUUCUCUGCUUCUCACUGAUUAUGGACGUGUGCUGAUCAGUGUCUGAUGAUGGGCAGCACCCAAACACCAUCAUCAACCUGAGAGAAACACUGUAGACAUCUACAUAACGUCCUCACUGAGAUACUGAAACAAACCUGUGUGUGUGUGCGUGCGUGCGUGCGUGUUUGUGUCCGUGCAUGUUUGUGUGUGUGUGUGUUUGUUU